GUGGACAGUUACCAGGGCAACAAGACGCCCCUGACAACACACCAUGGCCUCUCUAACAGCAAAGGACGUGCAGAGGAUUGCCAAAAUUGAGAAAAACGAAGGUGUACGCCGCCUGAAUGAACAUUUCCAGUGGAAUGAGUUUGUGGGAGAUUGCCAGAGGCAGCACCUGCAUCAGGAGUUUGUCUACGAUGUCUUGAUGUUUGCGGUGAAGCGUGGAUUCCCUUGGACAGCCGCGGUUGAAGUAGCAAAGAUGUCAAAGGACCUACUGCCAGAUCUAAAAGGUAUGGAGAGAGACCUGGCCAUAGAGUCCAUUGCAGAGCGUGUGUCACUGUGUCUACCCAGCCUUUCACCAGACCAUCGCAGUGCCGUUUUCAACUACAUCGCAGAGGCCUACACAAGCCACCACCGCCUGUACCAGGCCUACCUGACCACGCCUGCUGCCAAGCCCCCCGUUACCCAGCUGAGAGUGGAGGUAGGGCAGUCAUGGGUUCCCCCGGAGCCCCUGAAGCUAGGCGAGGGCAUGAACGCCAGCGAGUGGGAGAAGAGGGAGGGGGUGCGGAGGCUCUCCGAGGCGCAGGAGGAGAAUCUGCUGGAGAUCCGGCAGCUAAGGGAGCAGGCGGGCCAGAUGCUGCUGCAGGAGACGCUCGAGGCCACCCUGGAGGAUUUCAACAGGCCACCGGAGGGCAGCCUGGGAAAACAGGAGCUGGCGAGAAUAAUCCGCGAGGUCUUGCAAGCCCAGGGGGAGAAGGUGCUGGAGCGCAUGAUGAAAGAAGCUGCUCUCAGCCAGGAACUACUGCAACUGAAAAUACAGGCCAAGACCAUCGCUCGGCCGACAGACACCAGCGUUACUUCAAACCAACAAAAAACAAAGAAGUAGCAACCUAGGAGCCCCCCCAACACAUGUUGAUGCCACAUGAUCUAAGACUGAAGAUAUUUUCUGCAGAAGUAUCAUUUAUAGUACAUGUUACAAUGAUUAUGGAAUAAAGAUGAAAGUUAUGGUUCCUUCAGGGGAAAAAAAGA